CCCCUCCCCCUCCCAGAGCCCAGCUCAGACGCCACAAAAAUCAGCGUCAACGGCGAGGGCGUCAAACUGGACCAUCUGGGCCCACUCGUCGUCAACAAGGACGGCACGCUGUCGAGGAUUUCUAAUUGGGGCGCCAUGGCCGAGAUUGAGCGCCAGAAUACGCUUAGGAUCUUGGGGAAGAGAAAUCAGCUACGGAUGGAGGGGUUGAAG